UUAGCCUCGUCAUCGCUACACAGGAAGUGUUAUCCGGGAGAAGCGUUGUGCCGCGCCGAGCCCGUCUGUGAUUUUAGAUCAAUCUGAGCGAUCAGAAGCGAUUAAUAGCGCCUCGUUCCCCGAGUGUUUGAGUCAUGGUCGGGGUGAAGGUGAUCGGGAAGGACUCGGAGUUCCAGGCGGAACUGAGCGGCGCCGGAUCCAGACUGACCGUAGUGAAGUUUUCUCUGUCCAGCUGUCGUCCUUGUGUCAGAAUAGCUCCAGCGUUCAACAUGUUGAGCAACAAAUAUCCUCAGGUUGUGUUUCUGGAAGUCGACGUCCAUGUCUGUCAGGCAACAGCUGCAGCCAAUAACAUCUCAGCGACGCCGACGUUCCUGUUCUUCAGAAAUAAAGUGCGCGUGGAUCAGUAUCAGGGAGCAGACGCUUCGGGUCUGGAGGAGAAGAUCAAGCAGCACGUGGAGAACGACCCCGGCAGCAACGAGGACUCGGAUAUUCCCAAAGGAUACAUGGACCUGAUGCCGUUCGUUAAUAAAGCGGGCUGUGAAUGUCUGAAUGAGAGCGACGAGUGCGGCUUCGACUGCUGUUUAAUCAAGGACUCGUCGUAUCUGGAGUCAGACUGUGAUGAACAGCUUCUGAUCACCAUCGCCUUCAAUCAACCCGUCAAACUCUUCUCCAUGAAGCUGCUGGCUGCAGAGCUCGCUCAAGCCCCAAAGAGCGUCAAGAUCUUCAUUAAUCUUCCUCGUUCGAUGGGCUUCGACGACGCCGAGAGGAGCGAAGCCACGCAGGCGCUGGAUCUGUCGGAGGAGGACUACAAAGACGACGGCCUCAUCCCGCUCAGAUACGUCAAGUUUCAGAACGUCAACAGUGUGACCGUAUUUAUCAAGUCCAACCAAGGAGACGAGGAGACGACGAAAGUCAACUACUUGACGUUUAUCGGGACUCCUGUCCAGGCGACGAACAUGAGCGACUUCAAACGGGUUGUGGGUAAGAAGGGAGAAAGUCACUGAAGAGGAAAAGACGACACAACAUAUUGCUGCAAUCUCUCCACGGCCAACAUGACUGGACGAAAUCACCUCAAACACACACACAGACACUGCGGAGCGCCGGAUCCGUCCCUGAGCGAGCGAGAGAGAGAGAACACACAGCUGAGUCUCAGUGAGGCCCUGGAUCACUCAUUUUUAUCUGAAAUGUCUCUGUAAAUAAAAUCAGUCCUUUUUCAAAGGCA